AUGGCCGAGUACACGGUAGCACCAGUUGGACAGUGGCUAAGUUAUUCGUUUUGCUACAGCAGCAACAUCGCGAAGAUGAAGAAUUGGGAAGAGAAGUUGCAACAUGCUAGAGAUAGGGUGCAACAUUCGAUUGACGCUGCUGUUAGAAACAGUGAAGAAAUUGAAGCUGAUGUUAAUAAGUGGUUGACGGAGGUAAAUGAGAUUACAGAACUGGCAACGAAAGUUCAUGAAGGCGAAGAAGAAGCGAAGAUGAGGUGCUCUAUAGAGGUGUGCCUGAGCUUGAAGCUAAGACAUCAGCUAAGUCGGAAGGCCAAAAAGAUAGUGAAACUUGUAGGCGAAGCCUUGGAAAAUGGAAAAUUUGACAGAAUUUCAUACCGUCCUGCUCCACAAGGCAUAAUGACUACGAGAUACAUGCAGGAUUGCAUGGAGUUUGUGUCAAGAACGCCAAUUGUGAAGGGACUUAAGGAGGCACUCGGAGAUGCUAAUAUCAACGUGAUUGGUUUAUGGGGGAUGCCUGGCGUGGGAAAGACUACAUUGAUAAGAGAAGUUGCCAAGCAAGUCAAGGAAGAUAAGCUAAUUGAUGAGGUGGCUCUGGCAGACGUGACGCAGAGCCAAAACCUGAGACAAAUUCAAGGAGAAAUUGCAGACAUGCUAGAUCUCAAGCUUGAUGCGGAGACAAUACGCGGAAGAGCGAUUCGUCUACGGGAGAGGUUAACAAAAGAGAAAAGGAUACUUGUUAUCCUAGAUGAUAUAUGGGAGAAACUUGAUUUGGAAGCAAUAGGAAUUGAUCCUUGUAAGGGAUGCAAAGUAGUGCUGGUAUCCAGACAACGCGAUUUAUUAUCUUGUGACAUGGGUGUCCAAAAGGAUUUUGGAAUUGAAGUGUUACCCCAAAAAGAAGCAUGGGAAUUAUUUGAGAUGAUGGCGGCUGAUUCUGUUAAAGACCCCAAUUUACGAUCUAUAGCAACUGAGGUAGCUAAAGAGUGUGAUGGUUUGCCCAUUGCACUUGCAACGGUUUCUAAGGCUUUAAAUAAUAAGGAUUUAAGUGAAUGGAAGGAUGCCUUACAGCAACUACGACAUCCUGCAGCUCCCGAGCAUCUCACAAGAAUGCAGUUAACUAUAUACUCUUGUAUAGAGUUGAGUUUUAGACAUCUUGAAAGUCAGGAGAUUCAAUAUUUAUUUUUGCACUGUGCUGAAAAGGAUUUCCACAUUUUCCAUCAGGACUUGUUGAAAUAUUGUUACGGUUUGGGUCUAUUUCAUGGAAUUAACACAUUGGAAGAUGCGAGAAAUAGACUAUAUAGACAAUUACGUAACUUGAAAGACUCUUGUCUAUUGCAAGAUUGUCCUCACAAAUCUAAGCAUUGCCAUAUGCACGACGUUGUUCGUGAUGUUGCUACGUUAAUUGCUUCAAAGGAUUAUGAUAUGCAUUUCAAGAAAGAUGGAGGGCUUAAAGAAUGGCCAGAUAUGGAUGCACUAAAAAGAUGCAAGGCAAUUUCUAUUGGUGGUGGAGAUAUUCAUCAACUUCCAAAUGAACUGGAAUGUCCAGAAUUAAGAUUCCUUUGUGUGAAUGGCAGAGAUCGUUCUUUACAAAUCCCAGACACUUUCUUUCAAGGGAUGGAAAAGCUCAAAGUUUUGGAUUUGACGGCAAUGAAACUUUCAUCACUUCCUUCGUCACUUCUUCUUCUUAGAAACCUACAAACAUUGUGUCUUGAUCAAUGUGAGUUGGGAGACAUAUUUGGGAUUGGAGAACUUAAGAAUUUAGUAGUUCUUAGUCUUCAACAUUCUGACAUUUCAACAUUACCCAGAGAAAUAGGGUUGUUGAUUCGUUUGCGGUUGUUGGAUCUGACCCUUUGUUCCAAACUUGAAGUGAUUCCACCUAAUGUCCUAUCUAACUUGGUGGAAUUAGAAGAACUGUAUAUGGGAAAUAGCUUUGUUCAAUGGGAGGCUGAAGGACUCGUCACUGAAAGAUCAGACAAUGCUAACCUUGCUGAGCUCAAGUAUAUGUUACGUUUGACUACUUUGGAGAUACAUAUCCGAGAUGCCUGCAUGUUGCCGAAAGAUCUACGGUUUGGAAAAUUAGAAAGAUACAACAUAUUGGUAGGAGACGUCUGGGACUGGUCCUAUAACCAUGAAUGCUUAAGAAUAUUAAAACUCAAGCUGAAGACAAGCUUUCAAUCAGAGGUUGAAAUUAAAAUGUUGUUGAAUACAACAGAAUGUCUUUAUUUAGAUGAGUUAAAGGGUGUUAAGAGUGUUCUACAUGAAUUAGAUCGAGAAGGUUUCCAGCAACUGAAGCAUCUUCAUAUACAAAAUAAUGAUGAGAUCAAAUAUAUCAUUAUUAGCUCUCCGAUGCAUAUCUCAACCAUUUCCUUUCCAGCCUUGGAGAUAUUCCAUCUAAAAAAUAUGACUGGUUUGGAAGAUAUUUGUCAUGGCCAACUUCAUUCGACAUCCUUUCGUAACUUGAAAGUUGUAAAUGUGGAAAAUUGUGAAAAACUAAAAUUUGUCUUCCCAUCAUCCGUAGCAAGGGGCCUUUUACAACUCCAACAAUUGCAGAUAAGAGAAUGCAGCAGCAUGGGUGCAAUAGUCGUGAAAGAAAGCGGCGAAAUAGAAGACACGGAUAUGAUAUUUUUCCCUCAACUGCGUCACUUGGCACUAGAGCAUCUUCCAAAGCUUAUGAGCUUCUUAAGAACAAAAAAUUCAUUGGGAACUGAAGCUGGAGAAAUCGUUGCGGAGGGCACACUUGAUUCUGACAUGACAAUUCUACACGAACAGGUUGUGUUCCCCAACUUGGAAAUAUUGGAACUAUCAUCAGUAGACUUGGAAGAGACACAGCACAACCAACAUCGGGCAAGGUUGUCUUGCAGAUUAACAACCAUGGAAGCAAUGUCGAGGUUUCAGAAUUUGUCAAACUUGGAGGCUAUGGAAGAGGUAUUAGUCACAGAAGAAAUUGCAGCUGCCGGAGAAAUUACGAAGGAGGUAUUCCCUCGACUAGAAUGCCUGAAACUAACAGAUCUUCCGAGCCUCACAAGAUUCUGCGUAGGAUGUAACAUCCAAUUUCCAUCCUUGGAGAACAUGUGCAUUGACCAUUGCCCUAACCUAGUGACAUUUGUAUUCAAUCGUGCUAGUUUAGGCGCAACAACCAACCAGAAGAUCAUUCAAACAAAUGCAGAGGAGAGGCCUCCAACUGUUAUGCAACCUCUCUUCAAUGUAGAGGUUGCAUUACCUUGUUUGAAGAGGUUGAUAAUCCGUCGCAUGGAUUACCUAAAACUCAUUUGGCAUAACCAAUUUGCGGAAAAUUCCUUUUGCAAUCUACAAUUAAUAGAUGUUGAACUUUGUGAAAACCUUGUGAGCAUCUUUCAAUCUGAUAUGCUGACAAGAUUCCAGAGUGUAGAGAAACUUUUCAUAGCUGAUUGCACCUCACUACAACAAGUAUUUGAGCUGCAAGAGCUAAAUGUUAAUGAAAAUCAAGCUGUAAUAGCCAUACCUCUGAAAGGCUUGCGGUUGGCUCGUCUUCCACAUAUGAAGCAUGUAUGGAGUAAAGACCCCAAAGCAGUUUUCAGCUUUAAAAAUCUAAAAGAAAUACAUGCUAGUGGAUGUGAGAAUUUGAGAAGUUUAUUUCCAACCUCUGUUGCUAGAAGUCUCAUGCAAUUGGAGAAUCUUGAGAUAAUAGAUUGCGGGGUGGAGGAAAUUGUUGAAGGUGAAGGGGAAGAAGAUGCAAUAGAAAGGUUUGAGUUCCCUCAAGUAACUUUCCUAACUCUUAAGAGGCUACCAAGACUAAAAUGUGGGUGGAAGGAUGCCAGAAAGUUGGCAUUUUUGCUUAUGGACUUCUGA